AACGUAACGAUACGAUAGUAACGAGUACUAAUUGUUAUAGUAACGAAUACAUACGGCCCAUACGGGUACGCUUUUUUUUCGUUACUUUUACACCUCUACUCGAGAGCGAGACGCACUGGAACCUAGCGCCGUGGAGAGCGGAGGAACUGCGGUGAGUGACAGCGCCAGCUGGAGCGGUGGCGGACAUUGAAACUACGUGCUGCCGAACAAGGGACGGUGGCAGGCAACAAUGGAGUAGGCUAGUGCUCUUGCGAUGCCAGAUGGGAGUGAAGUGAGUGUUUGGAUGAUGCCUGGUGGUGUGGCGAAAAUCGUGAACAGCUGAUUGUUAGUUUAGUGCGGUUACGUGUGUCCUAAAUGCAUCGAAAAUGCCAGUGCGAAAGUACAGAAGAGACACCAGUGAGGUUAGCUGCUGCCUGAAGUAUGUCAUAUUUGGAUUUAAUGUCUUGUUUUGGCUGCUGGGGCUCGGCAUCCUGGCGGUGGGAGUCUGGGCCUGGACCGAGAAGGACACCUUCAACAACCUCAGCCGCCUCACCAACGUGGCGCUCGACCCCGCCUUCAUCCUCAUCCUCGUGGGGACAGUGACCUUCGUGAUCGGCUUCACUGGCUGCGUCGGAGCACUGCGAGAAAACACGUGCCUGCUGGCGGGGUACGCCAUCUUCCUCGCCAUCCUGCUGCUGCUGGAGAUGACGGUCGGCCUCCUGGGGUUCAUCUUCAAGGAGUCGAUCAAGAACCAAGCCACCAAAGGAUUCCAGGCGUUCAUAAUCCAUUAUCGGGAGGAUCCGGACCAGCAGAACCUCAUAGACUGGAUUCAGGAAGACUGGCUGCAGUGCUGCGGGAUCGAGGGCCCCAAGGACUGGGACCGCAACAACUACUUCAACUGCUCGUCGCGGGAAGUGGGCAGUCGGGAGGCGUGCGGCGUGCCCUUCUCGUGCUGCAAGCGCAAGCCCAACGAAAUAAUAAAAAACAAGCAGUGUGGCUACGAUGUUAGGAAACCUGGCUAUCCCGGCGAGCGCAACAUCUUCGAGCGGGGCUGCCUGCGGGCGGGCGAGGAGUGGGUGGAGGCCAACCUGGUGCCGGUCGCCGGGGUGGCCGUAGGGGUGGCCGUGCUGCAGCAACAGGACAUCACCAAGAUAAUCUUCGAGAAGGGGUGUGUGCAGGCGGGCGAGGAGUGGAUGGAACGCAAUCUGCUCAUAGUGGCGAGCAUUGCCGUGGCGACCGCCUUCCUCCAGAUCCUGGGCAUCUGCUUCGCCCAGAACCUGCGGGCGGACAUAUUCGCUCAGAAGGCCAAGUGGCAUUGACAAUUGAGGGCCCCCACUGCCGUCUAGUGACGGUCGCGAGCCCGCGGGGGCGGCAGUCCGCCGUCCCCGCGCCGCCAGUGAGGGCCCCCCGUCUCCCGCCCCCGCCCCGCCCCCGGCCCGCCCCCUCAUCACCUCACUUCCCCGGCACCUGCUAUCUGCACACAUCUUACCAAUCAGGAGAAAAAAUAAAAUUAAACCGCAAUAGAUGUUUUACUUAUAAAUUCAAGGUACCAAGAAAUUUAAAUUAUGCAAAAGAUUUUUUUUAGGAAAACUUACUACUCUUUUGUCUCAACUCGGUCUAACAGGCCAUGUUGAAAUUUUUCAUUUUAAACCUCAUCACUCUCAUUUAAGGACUAUUUCUAUAAAUUUUAACAUAAUGUGUGGUUCUGUCAUGCGAUUUUUCUAAUUGCUAUUCACAAAUUUUAAUAUAAUGGGUGUAAAAUAUUGCGCUGUUGUUUUUCAUUUUUAUCACUUAUCCAACGUUUUGUUUUCAUUUAACACUUCGUGAAUAUAUGUUGAAAAUAUUUGUGACUGAACCACAAAUGCAAGGGAAUUGUGUGUAAAUUUAUAGAAACAGUCCUUAAAUAAUAGUAAUGACAAUAAAUGAAAAAAAAAAAUCAACAUAUUGUGCGUAGCCAAGCCUUAAGAUAUUACCAUUGUUCGCAUUGAAAAUAAGCUUAAAUUGUGUUGUGGUGUUUAUUUUACUUUUUUUUUUUGCCAACAUCUAAAUUAUUAAAUACCAGUCAUACAUCACAUGAUUGUAAGUUUACCUGUGGCCUGUUUUUAGGCAAUAAUGACAAGGCUAUGGCAGCAGUUGGAAUGAGUGUACACACAACAGGUUUGUACACACUCUAUUUAAAUUAGUGGUGCACUGGUGUGACGUAACCAAUUGCAAAAAUCGUUGACAGGUUCUUAUUCAGUAUGGUUCAUUAUUUAUUAAAGUAGUUCACAGUUACAUUCACUUUCCAUUGCUUGGUUGAAGCACAAAUUUAUGUUAUGCUGUUAUUCUCUUAUUUACAUUAAAAAAUUUAACAAUGGCAUAUUUGAACUGUUGGUCUUAACUUAACUAUUCACAUAAUAUGAGAGAAUCUAUGAUCGGUAGUGACAUGCUCAUAUGUAUGAAGUUGAAGAAGUUUUAAGUUAUAAUCACAGUAAGUUUAUUAAUCAUAGUUGGUAUCGGCAUCAGUGCAUUGUUAAUUUUAAAUAGAGACUGGAAAAUUUUACAAAGCCUGUCAACCGUCUCUUCUGAUUGUGUGUCUUUUGUAACUGAACUGUAAUUUUUUUUUGUUGAACCUGGAAGUACUAAGAGCCAUUACAUAACAGGAGUAUAAUCUCAUGCGGUCCAUCAUGUUGCAUAGAUGAACCAGCAAAAUCGUGCCUAUUAUUGUCAUUAAACUUGUUAAAUUUUUUUUUUCCCGCCAAGAUUCGGAAUGUUGAUACCUGUUGCAUGUGCAGUGAUGCAGUUUUUUUUUUUUUUAGUAGCUAAUGGGUUCAGUAGGUAACCGUCAUAUGUUUAUUUUUUUCCUGAACCUCACGUGAGUGUCGCGGGAACGCUGCAGAUCGUCACAAGUCCGAGUGAAGACGGAAAAGCUACUCCGCGCAUCUCGGGAAGUGCAGGCGUGCAGACACGCGCGGUGCCGUGUGGGCCAUCGACUGUGCAGGAGUGACUCUAGCGAGCGUCUAGCGCGGUGUGCAGUGGCACGGGGGCGCUGCUGCUAGUGCAUUAGACCUCUGAGAGUGUCCGUGCUAACUCCAGGGAACGGCAGAGGUUCACAACGUGCUCCUCGUUUUUUACAAUCUCCAGUCAAAUGUGAUUCAUGCGAGCGGGUCUUCGCACGGUCGAUCCCGGUGAAGAUGAGCUCCUAGAAGAUUCAUGCGGACCAAUCAUUGGUUUACUGUUUUUUUGUGAUUGGGUUUUGUUUGUCGGUGCGAUGUGUGAAGUUGUCACAGACAAAACGUUAUUGAAAAUGUCUGGGGAAAAAUAAUGGGUGCAGUUGUUUUUGUAACAUCUGUAGAUGUAAAAAAAAAAAAUAUUCCUUUGCUACUCUAUAUUUGUUGUGCCUGUGAAACCAAUGUUAAACCAUAUAAGAUUUUUUUUAUUUUAUUUUUAUCAUGCAGUAUAAAUGCCUUAAAAAUUUGAUCACGGCAGUUUAAAAUCUUUUUAUAAAAUUAUAAUUUUUUAUCUUAAUUACUUUUUUUUGUGUGCCAUAAUUAAAAUUUAUCAUGGAAUAUAAUCGACAGUAAGCUGAAAACUGCUUCAAAAGAAUUAACUACAAAUCUUGAUUGUAUUAUGUGUCAGUCAUGUCUGGUUAAAAUCAAGCUUUUCUGAUCCCAAGUUUUGAUGUGGGUUAUAGUGUUAUAGUAUACUUGAAUUUUAAUAUAAUAUAGAAACCUAACCAUUGUUUUUAUUUUGGUUGGUGCUCAAUAUAAAUCAGCAGAAGCAACCAAUCACACAACACUUUGUUAGGCGGGUUGUCUCCACGACUUGGUCUCACCCUCCGGAUUGGAUCAUUUAGUUUCUUUAUUUGUUCGACAGCUGGGUUCAUCACUGCAGUUGCAUUUAAUUUUUGCUGCCAUAUAUUUACUACUAAUUAUUUGCAUGCUGUCAUGAGUCAUGUAAUGUAUGUAGUAUUCACUUUUUUUUUCUUUUUCUUUCCUUUUCCUUUUCCUUCUGCUACUGGGCGAAUCAAAUGUCUAAUGCUUUGAAGUCUAAUUUUCAUAUUAUUUUUCCUCAAAAUUUAGAACUCAUGAAAACCAUUACGCCCAUUACGGUAAUCCAACAUUGCUGGUGAGACCAUAUGUAAGGACUCAGUUUAGAUUGAUUUUGCAAUGUAAUUUUGUGAUGUAUAUUAUUCUUAUACUGUGUUUGAUAAAGAAUUGUGUGAUUUUUUUGGUGUGAUUUUGAAAUAGGAAAUACCUAUUAGGAAAUGAAGAUUAUUAGUCAUAAGGCUUGUAUAUCUCCAGCUCAAGCGCAGUGCUUAUCUCUUCUUCACUGUCGUCACUCUUCUGGUAUAGAGCGCUGAGCGAGUUGAUAAAAACCACCCAUGUGUUUAGCGGUGGUGUUUCUCUGUAAAAAAUCACGCAUAGGCUCCUUUGUAACAUUGAUUACAUCUACCAUGUAUUGAGCACUUUCAGCGGAAAAUAAUUGGGUAGGAGCUCUGUCUUUAAUCUGAUUUUCUCCUGCUUUAUACAUAGCUACCGCGGUGGGAAACAUCACAUAAAUCGUCAUUAAAAGAGCAAUACCGCUUAUGACUUGAUUUGGUGGAGAAUGCUGAAUGCCCAAAGCAUUGCGUAAAAGAGACAAUACAAUCACAAUUUUAAUGUAAGAGGUUAAGAGCAUAAUGGCAAAAGGCAAAAGCGCAAAAGCCGUGAUUGCUGUUAACUCUUCUAAAAUGGUAGGCGUUGGUGCUAGUUGUUCAAUAGAAUUACUUCCUGUGCAUAUAAACAGUCUCCUAAAAAAAAGACAGGCUAGCAAUAAAAAAGAAAAAAUCAGAAGGCGUUUCUCACAGUUGAGCGUACCCAUUCCACUGAAUGCUGUCCACAAUGAUUGUACGAUAGCCUGGUGCUUUGAAAUCUUUGUGUGCAGCCAAACGUAUUGGCUCAUAAUCUGUACUAAGUAUACACCUGGUACUUGUUUAGUAUCAUCUUAGGAAUAUAUUCAUGAUAAUUUUGAUUGGCACUGCGUAUGUUCCUUAUGGUGUUUAUUGUACCACUUCGACAUUUGAAAUGAAUGUGUUGUAUUAUUUGUUUAAACAGACCAAAAUUUGUGAUAGGUUUUUACAAAUAAUCUUUACUAUUUUCAUAAUUCAUAAAGAACUUUGCCUGGAAAUUGUAAAAGUGUGUUUCCUCAGGGAAAAAACUAACACACAUUACUGUUUGAAAAUAAGUAUUCCUUACUUGCAUAACACUAACUACAAAUCAUAACAGAUAUUUUCUCUACUAUAGAUUUUAAUAAAUUUUAUUUAAUAACGCAAAGUUAAAAAAACUAUGUUGUGUGAGUUCUAGACAGGUGUGUGAAUGUAAUUUUAUUGUUUUUUUUCUAAGUGCUAGACAUCAAAAUUUGUAUAUGGGUGAUUAAAAUUUUUUUUGUAUAAAACAUUUUAGUUACUGUUGCAUUUUUUUUUUAAGAAAUGCAACUUCUUUUUUGUCCUAAUGAGAUGCCAGUCACCAAAGCAGAUGUCUAUUAAAAAAAAAACUAAUGUUGGUUUUUGUUCAUGUCUUGUAACUUUUAUUUUUAUUUUCAAAAGUUCUUUGUUUUUCAGGUCGUUAUGAGCAAGACAUUGAAAGAGAGAAGACAGCCACUGUUAAAACAAGGUCAUAAACGCACAUACUUUUUUUUCUAAGUAUCUACCAUAUAAUUUACUUGCAACAAUUACAUUAUAGUAACCUGUACGAGAUGAGUUACAUGGAAAAUUUUCAGUUCAAGUUAGUUUACAUAACACUUUAACUUCUUCGUGCUAUUAUGGCCUGAAGAAAUCGUUUUGACAGCAAGUCGUUAUUUUCAAAUAAACCAUAGAAGUUUUCUGAAAUGUAACAGCUGUUGUCUCAUUGGCUCAUGCAAGUGGCAUAUUAGCUUUUUUCAUUGAAGUCUAACAGUCAACUCCAUCCCUACCUAUUACUAUUAGUUAUUUAUUAGCAUACAGCAACAUGGUGGUUAAAACUCACCUCCUGUUGACCGUUUUAAUAAGGUAAACAGAGUAGACGACAAACGUUAUCGUUUGGAGGAAAAGUCUCUCCCGCAACUGUUGCUGUUCCGUUGCCGAAAACCUGCCUUCAUGUGGCCAACCAGUGGAAAUUAAAUUUCAUUAUUCUUCCUUAAGGCAUCUAUACUAGAAUUAGGGGCAUGCGAUCUUUUUUUUUUUAAUGAAACAAAGAUGCACUAUGCAAAAAACAGGACACUGAGCAAUGUGGGAAUUCCUUUUACAAUACUGCAGCUGCUCAAGUACAUGCACUGAAGAUGCUAGGUGCCCGUGUGUUUGUUGUGAGGGAUCCGUGGGAUGUUGGGGAGGGCAGGAAACAAGUUGUGGAACACAUGGGCGAUUAUACAACUUGCUUUUAGUUCUAGAUUGCUAGGAGAUUGUUUUUUUCAACCAUUUCUUGGCCAUUAAAUUGUAAACAUCAGUGACAACUUUAUUCCUUAAUAACUAUAUCAUUUUUUUUUCUUCUAAAGUAAACAUUUUCCAAAGUUAUCUUAAUAAUGUUCGCAGACUUUCACAGCCAUUGUCUGAAGCAGCUUGGCUUCUGGGUUGUAGCUGUGUCCUUGGCAAAUAAUUCACUGACGUUUCGGUCGACAUUGCAGUCGCCAUCAUCAGGGAGCUGUUACCUACUGAGGUAACUGCUCCCUGAUGAUGGAGACUGCAGUGUCGACCGAAACUUCGGUGAAUUAUUCGUCAAGGACACGGCUACAACCCAGAAGCCAAGCUACCUUAUCUUAUACUUGCUGCUACUAGUAUGUCAUACCUACAGUUUGUUGGCGUUUCCUAAUCCCGGCCGGGAAGGACAAUGCAAACAGUGUUUAUCCUCGCCAACUCUAUAACCUUGGAGACAUUUUGCUGCUUUGUGAUUGGCUCCAGUUAGGUUUAUCUUAUUGUUUGAGUGUGUGUGUGUGAACUACUGUGAUUACCAGUUACGUUUAAUAAUUUGUUCAUUAAGGUUGUACGGAUUUCCCCUUGAACUGUGGAAAAGGUGACUUCCGAGUUUGUGGUUUACCAUUGAAGCUUUGCUGCGGCAUUUAGGAACCAUUACAAUACUCAAGUGUGCUAAUUUAGUGUUAGAAUAGUAAAAUAUUCAUUGCAUAUUUUUAUAACAUUCAAUGCUAGUAUUUGUAGCAAUAACAUACUUAUUAUGCAUGUGGUUUGUUGUAGUUGCACUAUAUUAUUUUAUGUUUAAGUCAUUAUGUACUUUAGAAUUUUUUGUAAAAUUCUGUAUUUUAUUUCAACUCUGAUGGGCAAUAGCAAUUGUAUCUGUCCCCGAAGAUGUUAAUUACUGUUGUUUUGCCUUUCCAUCUACAAAUCCUGUUUAUUUUUGUGAUAAAGAUGAGUACAGUACAGUAGCGUCAAGUCGCACUUUGUGUUUUACCUCGUGCCGAAUGUGAAAUAAGUUACCUGAAGGUACAAAGUGUUUCAAGUAAAGUUUUGUUUGUGUUGCAAGAUGAAGUGCAUUUAGGUUUUCAUAAUUGUAGCUAAUUGUACAUUGAGUGCAUGGUAUCAAUUUAUAGCAUUUUUUUAUUUCUGUAUUUUGACGAGCAAAAUGAUGGUAAAGUAUUAUCAGUUGACCAGAAAGUUGUUUCUCAGUCAUUACCACAAGUUUAUUGCUAUAAACAUAUGCACAUGUCAAUGCUAUAUCUAACUUGGUUUUAACUUGUAUUGUGUAUUUAUGUAGAAGUCAUAUUUAUUUUUCUUUGUGAGUCAUAAAAUUUCACCAGUUUAUUAUUUGAACAACAUAACUCUAGCAAAGAUACAUAAUUUAACGAGUCAUGCUAUUUUAGUCAUGCAAGUUUGCGGACUGUUCAAAAUAUCUAUGGUGGCCAGAAAAAAAUGUAAAAAAUAAUGCAAAUAAAUUUAAUUGAUAAUCUUGAAGAUAAAAUGGCACACAAGAAUACGGGUAGGACUACUCUUAAACUGUAUAAAAGUCAAAAGUCAGAUCUGAAAAUCCUUUGUGUCCUGUGUUCUUUGUCUGUGGUGUCUCUUGUGUAUUGUGUUUGUUUUUUGUACCGUGCACACCCCUGUAAUCUCUUCUCAGAGUGUUGGUGUGCAUGUCACAAUUUAUAAAUAAAUUCAUGAAAACAAUUCCUAUACUGCACAUAUUGCAGAUAUAUAAAUACUGAUAUGAGUUAAGUCUUUGUGAAUAACAGAGAUUACAGUUCAGUUUUGUUGCAAUGAGAAAUGCUGAAGUGAUUGUGUGUAAUGUUUGCUUACAAUUUUUUUUUAUUUAAAAAAUGACAAUGAUAAUACUUCUCGAUGUCAAUGAUGUAGGCAGUAAGUUGUGGCAAUGACUGUGAGUUUGUUGUGCUGAACUGAGCAUAAGUGUUGUCAUCAAUGAGGACUGUACUAAAGUAUGUGUUACACGGUGAAGAUAUCCACCAGAAGAAAAAAACAGGAAUUUAUUUUUAAAUGUGAAAUUAAAUAUACAUUUCUAAAAACAAAAACACACGUUGUAUUGUGUUAGGGGUUGAAGAUUUUCAUCAAAAACAGUAACAAGCAGUAAUUUUUUUACUUACAAUUUUGUAUUAUCUACAAGUUUUAUUUUAAUGAAAUGUUCUUUUGUAAAUAAAAGAAGAUCUAAAAA